AUGUGGACUUUCCUGGUUUUGGAUUUGAUUGUGUGUGCGUGAGAGGCGGCCACAUGGGGCCUGGGCCCUGUCCGGGAUGCCAGCUGCAGCAGUGAAGCCUGCUCCGGAGGACAUGGUGGUGGAGGGAGGGGGCGAAGGAGAGUGCGGCGUGUCCCAGUGGGAAGCCACGGGGCUGGGCAGGGAGCGGCUGCCUCUGCCCUCUCUGAAGGUCCCCAGGGAGCUGCUGCGGAGCUUCCCCCACUCCAAACGGGUGGGGUCCUAUCUGGUGGGAAAAAUGAUCAACAAGGGGUCGUUUGCCAAGGUGAUGGAGGGUCUACACAUCGGCACGGGGGAAAAGGUGGCCAUUAAGGUGAUUGACAAAAAGAAAGCGCGGCAGGACUCAUACGUGCUGAAGAACAUGAAGAGAGAGCCUCGAAUUCAUCAGAUGAUCCGACAUCCACACGUCGUAGUGCUGCUAGAGACUCUGGAGACAGAGAACAGCUACUACAUGGCCAUGGAGCUCUGUGCAGGGGGAGACCUGAUGGACAGGAUCUGUGAGAGGAAGAGGCUGGAGGAGAGGGAGGUGCGGCGCUACACUCGUCAGAUCCUGUCUGCGGUGGAACACCUGCACAAGCACGGCAUAGUACACAGAGAUUUAAAGAUUGAAAACUUCCUGCUGGAUGAGCACAACAACAUAAAGAUUGUGGACUUUGGCCUGAGCAACACUUUGAAGGCAGAGUCUUUGUCCCUGGAGCUCCUCAACACCCAGUGUGGAAGUCCCGCCUACGCAGCCCCCGAGCUGCUCGCUCACAGGAAGUAUGGACCCAAAGUGGAUGUCUGGUCCGUAGGUGUGAGUAUGUUUGCCAUGCUGACAGGGACUCUGCCCUUCACUGUUGAGCCUUUCAACAUCAAACAGCUGCACCAGAAAAUGGUCAACGGAGAGAUCAGCAGCAUCCCAAGUGAUGUCAGCAAAGGUGCAGCGGCAUUUGUGUUGUCUCUCCUGGAGCCAGACCCAGCUAAGAGACCCAGUGUUAGAGCUGCAAUGGAGGAACGAUGGAUCAACGAGGGAUAUGCCAAGAAACCGCUACACACACUCUCUCAUAAAAACAGGUUGUGUCCAGAGGAUCUCAACUCAUCUGUGCUGGCACACAUGACAGAGACUCUGGGCUACCCCCUCUCUGAAAUCAUACACACACUCACCAACAACCGACCCUCCGCCAUCAUGGCCUACUAUCACCUGCUGCUCAACAAGCUCAGCAGGACCCAGAAAGGAGCCAAGACCAGCAAGAAGCUAGAGAGCAAUGACUGGAGUCUUCCCAGCAAGACUACAUGGAGAGAAAGGAAUAACACUGACUCAAAGACUCAGGAACAGAAUGAACCGACCAACGAAAGAAGCUCAAAGCAGUCCAGCAGGCCUCUGAGAACCCAGCAGACAACUGAAUGUCAGAACAACAGGAAAAGACCGGAGGAUCUGCACAGAAUGGACCACCGAGAGGAUGCAGAGAACCGUCCACCCUCUCCAUCUCUACCACAGCUUCCUCACUCUGCCUCCCCCUCAAUGCCUCCUCACCUUGCCUCUCCCUCCCACGCCCGUCUGUCUGCAGAGGAUGGGGCUACUGAUGAGGAGAUUGCCAUCACCUUGGACACCAGAGAGACGCUGUUUCCUGAAGUGUCUGUGUUCGGAGACAGGGAACUCAUCCAUCUUUCACCUCCUAAAAGCUCUGCAUCUCAACUCUGUGACUCCGCCCCUUGCCAAGUUCCCUUACCUGCUGAACCAAUCAGAGACAGCAGCACGUCUAGACCAGUACGACACACACAUCUGCUCAGGACAACUCAAUCAGACGGGGCAGCAGACCCUGGGUCAGACUGCUUCCAUGAGAUCCGCCACCAGGACGACCACUCUCACCACCUGAGCAUCCACGAGCGUCUGGAAAAGCUGCAGACAUUUUAUUCCUCAGAAAAAAACGGUAUAUCUCCCAGGAUGCUCCUGGAAGCCGACACACACACCACUCACCCCUCAGAGAGAGACCACCUGGGCACUGUGGAGAGGACACAGACGUCACCUUCUGCCCCACUUCCUCGCCUACGUAACGUGGGGCUAAAAGACGGACGAGGCAGGAAGAUGACAUGGGUAGGGAUGACCCAAACUGGCCCCCCAGGACUCUUGGUGAAUGGGUCUAAACCUCCUGCCUUCCCCUCACAGAGACAACAUACUUUGGUCAUUAAGAGCCUCAGGCAGGAGAGGGGCAAAAGAAGAGAUCUGUCAGCAGGAGGAGGAGGAGGAGGAGAGAGAGGGAUGGCAGGAGGAGGAAUGAAUGGAUCAAAGAGGAACUCAGUUCAGUUACGUUCAUCUCUUCAGCGUCGAGUGGCAGACCUGAAUCUGCCACUGCUUCCCGCAGCCCUGCAGGGGAAGACAGACAGGAAGAACCAGCUACACAGUAUGGACUACUAAUACAUAGACAGGGAGACAUGAUAGAGGGGCAGUGAUGGUGGCCAGAAAAAGGUCCAAUGGGAAGAGAAGACAGGACUGACGUUUACUGAUACAUUUGAGAACCAGAUAAGAACUUAAGAAAUUAUAUGUUGAAACAUGGGCAAUAUUAAGGUGAAAUAAACAGGAAAGCUAAAAAGUGAACAGAAUGAAACACUAAGGACUGGGCAGUAGUCAAAACCUGUACAAAGCUGUUUUGAGGAAUAGUGUAAACAGCUGCUGGAAAAACAUGCUAAAGCUGUUAUUCUUUGAUUUUACUGUUCCAUUUAUGUCACCAACAGGACUCCUUUCCAAACAAACAACAUACAGGAUGAGUCAUUUAUGUGUUACAGUGCCAAAAAUUCAAACUCUGAUUAAGCUUAUUUAGCAAUUUGAAUUCAGCCUUUGGUAGCUAUAUGUUGAUCUGGUUAAUGUUGACCAUAUU